AUUUGAUGAUUGAAUUAAAUUUUGGUUGCUAUAUUGUUGUAGAACCCUUAAUUUAGUUCAGAACUAUGAGAAAUGUAAUUUAUAGGGAUUAAAAAAAGGUGAAUAAUGUUUUCCAUGGAGCUCAUUACAAGAUUUCUCUAUGAAAUUUUUUAUGAUUCUUGAUAAUUUGUAUAGGAAAAGUCACAAUAGUGAAAAUUCUAAUGUCAAGUUGGGUUAUGCGUUAAGAAAGGUGGAUUUAGGUGACAGAGGAAAGCAAUGGAGUAUUUUAUUGGCUCGAGUGGCUGCCGUAUAUGCAAUAUACUUCUUUCAUCCGAAAUUAGUUGUCACGUUCGUUGUGUAAUAAUGUGAUAUAGAAUAAAGAUUAGCAAUGUGACUACUAUAUCAGGACUUGCGGGGGGGGGGGGCUGAGAGUGACUAGGAUUAUAGUUGCUUUUAUGAGCUGACUUGAAAGCUAACCAAACUGAUUUUGAUCGUUUCAUGAUUUGCAUCCAUGUUGCCGUCAAGAGCAAUGAGGCACCUUUUUAUGGAUCAUAUUUAAACAAAGCACUGCUGUACUAUUGUACAAAUAACAAAGGAAAUGGAGUGUUUUCUAGUUGUUUUAAGGCCUGUUAAUUUGCCAAUUGGCUUCCCAAGAAUGAUAUUUUUUUUUUUUUUUUUUUUGGGAGAAACCUGGAUAGAUAUCUAUUUCUGGAAAAAGGGUAUGUUGCUAACUUCAGCUUUUGUAAAGCCUUACUCUUAACAGUCUGGCACAUAUCUUGGCUGUAUAAGAGUAGUUGGUAGAAAAGAUUGCUGAGGAGGUUCGAGGUUAAAGUGAGAAAUGAGCUUUUCUGGUUUGCAGAUUGUGUAAGAACUCUGAUGUUUCCUUUUGAGUUGUUUACGAUUAGUAGCUUAUUCUAAAAAGCAAUGACUAUCUAAGGCGACUUUGGUAAAAUCUUGAGUUAAGGCUGGAUUUUUACGAGUAUUUGAGAAUUAUGUUAUAUAUACUCAACUAUGGAAUUGCCACGUCUUUGCCUUUGAAAUUCUAUGCCAGUAGAAGUUGCCAUGUCAUGAUUCCGGGAGCAAUCGAGCUCACAUCUAGAUUGAAAGAAGGGAAACUUUAAAAGAAUACAAGCUAUCUCAGUAAGACAUUUUCUUCAUAAAUUUAGCUCAAGAUUGUGCCAAUGGACAAUAUUGUAGAUUCCCUAAAUUCUGCAUAUCAAGAAUUUCUUGCUGCUGCUGCUGGGGUCUUAGAGGCACAAGAAGCAUCUGAAAGUCACAAAUCACCAAUUACAGAUACUUCCCUGGAGAGCUUUAAACAGCGUUGGGAACUAUUUAGGGUGGCUUGUGAUCAAGCUGAGGAGUUUGUAGAGUCUGUUAAGCUAAGGAUAGGAUCAGAGUGUUUGGUGGAUGAGGCCACUGGCUCAGUGGCUGGGAAGCCUGGCCAGGUUGUUGCUGGUCUUCCACCCAUAAGUGCUGUAAGGCUAGAACAAAUGAGUAAAGCAGUGAGAUGGCUUGUGAUUGAACUGCAGCAGGGUUCUGGAAGCAGUGGUGGGUCGUCCCACCCCAACUCUUCUGCUCCUUUUGAUGCCAGGUUCACAGAGGAUACUGCUCAAUAGUUCUUCAAGUGGCAGGUCGAAGAAGACACAAAUGUUUUCACAAGUUAGAGGUCAUGGUGUUUGUAGGACUCAACAAAUACACUGCAGUUGAGACAUCAGUGCUUUGGUUUGUGCAGAAUUUUGUCAGAUAUGCUGGGAAGAAUUCGCAGAUUAAUACAGGAAGAUCUCACAUAACUUAGUAGUGUCUAUAUGUUGUAUUACACAAAUUGCAAUAGCUUUUGCAAUAUGUGUAUUAUUUUUCUUACAGAGUAUCUAUUUGUGCGGAAACAAUUAUGAAGUUGAAACUAUACUGAAUUACUGAUGCAACCUACCAGGUUCCCUGAUUAUAAUCUGACAUGACUUGCUUAAUUACUAGAGUAACAAGACUUAUUGUGAUUU